ACAUGGUGCAGAAUCUUUCCACCCCUGCACUCCAAAAACCCAAUCAGAGGAGUGGCCGUAAUCUGACUCCCAGUGCACUGGGAGCCGAGAGGCAGGCAAUGAGAGCGCUGCACUCUGCCCAGGGAAGGAAUGAGUGGCAGACCCGCAGCAAGAAGGUGGGGUAAGUGUGGACCUUUGUGUAGAAGAGAAGACAUCAUGGUGGCCUUUAAAGGGGUCUGGACUCAAGCUUUCUGGAAAGCUGUCACAGCAGAAUUUCUGGCUAUGCUUAUUUUUGUUCUCCUCAGCCUGGGAUCCACCAUCAACUGGGGGGGAAAAGAAAAACCCUUACCUGUAGACAUGGUCCUUAUCUCCCUUUCCUUUGGACUCAGCAUUGCAACCAUGGUACAGUGCUUCGGCCACAUCUCCGGUGGCCACAUCAACCCAGCUGUGACCGUGGCCAUGGUGUGCACCAGGAAGAUCAGCAUCGCCAAGUCUGUCUUCUACAUCGCAGCCCAGUGCCUGGGGGCCAUCAUUGGAGCAGGAAUUCUUUACCUUGUCACACCCCCCAGCGUGGUGGGAGGUUUGGGAGUUACCACGGUUCAUGGAAAUCUUACUGCCGGUCACGGUCUCCUGGUGGAACUGAUAAUCACAUUUCAGUUGGUGUUUACUAUUUUUGCCAGCUGUGAUUCCAAAAGGACUGAUGUCACUGGUUCAAUAGCUUUAGCAAUUGGAUUUUCUGUUGCAAUUGGACACUUAUUUGCAAUUAAUUAUACUGGUGCCAGCAUGAACCCUGCCCGAUCCUUUGGACCUGCAGUUAUCAUGGGAAAUUGGGAAAACCAUUGGAUAUAUUGGGUUGGACCAAUAAUAGGAGCUGUCCUUGCCGCUGGCCUUUAUGAGUAUGUCUUCUGUCCAGAUGUUGAACUCAAACGUCGUCUUAAAGAAGCCUUCAGCAAAGCUGCUCAGCAAACAAAAGGGAGCUACAUGGAGGUGGAGGACAACAGGAGUCAGGUAGAGACGGAAGACUUGAUUCUAAAGCCUGGAGUGGUGCACGUGAUUGACAUUGACCGAGGCGAGGAGAAGAAGGGGAAAGACCCAUCUGGAGAGGUGUUAUCUUCAGUAUGACUAGAAGAUAGCACUGAAAGCAGGCAAGAACCCUUAGAACUGUCCUCAGAUUUCCUUCCACCCAUUAAAGAAACAGAUUUGUUAUAACUAGACAUGUGCAAAUUUUUAAAAAUAAAUGAAGCAACAUAUUUGUUGUUUCAUGUCAUAUUCCUCAAUCUAAACAUUAAAUAUUUCAUUAUUGACCAAGGAGGAAAGGAAAAAACUUACUGUGAAUUCCAAUUCUAAAAAAAAAUUAAGUAA